AACAUCUGAAUGUUGUUCAAAACUGGGAGCUUUCGUUCUAUCGUCUUUAAAAUGUCUAUUUAAUCAUUCUUUAGCUUUCCAAGUGUUUGUUUGUAUAGUAUUUCGACUUUUCAUGCAAUCAUUUCUUCAUUUGAUCUAGUCAAAGUAACUUGUGGCCAGCAGUAAUCCCAAACAUCAGUAGCAAGACUUGAGUAUGGAUAAAGGCAAGCCUCGGUCUAGCAGUGGUGAUGAGGAUGAUGGAAUUGAGCAGGCACCAGUCAGGGCUGAUACCCCUGGACCCUUGCCUCAAUUUCAGUAUGCACGGGAGAAGUUGAUGGAACUGGCCGAAACUUUCGGAGCCAGACUGAGACCUAAGUGCUUAUUGAAGACGUUUGACAAUGCUGAUGGCUUGUGGGACCCUGAAAAGUGGUCUCGCUCCUUUGGUGGUUACUCCACGGGGUCGAGGGAGAAUUCACCCCUGACUAUUGACCCUAGGGACAGGAAGAAGCAAAUUGAUCUGGACAGGGAACAGCUUAUGAGAAGGAGAACCUCAGAUCCUCGAGAGAGGCUGAAGGAGGAACGAGAUGGAAUUGUGUUGAGUCCUCAGCGGAGGAGUUUUGGUACAGGAUGCCAUGUGACCCAGACAUCCUCCCUAGGGAGACAAGUGAGCUGUCCUGCAGACUUCAAGGACGGAGCAGACCGAGACAGGGACAGAAGAGAAAGAAGAAUUGGGAGUGGGCGGAUCACUAUUGACCGCGACCAAGGACGUGAGAGGGAGUACCGUGGUGUCAGAGACCGUUACGACAGAGAUGACCGACGAGGAUCUGGCAAUCCCACAGACAGAACCUUUGAGAGGAGUGACCGCUAUCAUAGCAGCUCCUAUGACAAUAACCGAUCCAACUACAACAGAUUUUCACGAGACAACCGAGGAAAUAGACGCGGGCGAUAUGUGGAGGAAGAGGAACCAGAAUGGUUCUCAGCUGGCCCCACCAGUCAACAUGACACCAUUGAACUACGAGGUUUUGAGAAGGAACCCGAGGAAGACACAGGGCAUGGAGAAGGAUUAAUCAUUGAGGAGGAAGAGUGUGGAGAUGAAGCACCUGCUGAAUCUAAUGACAAAACAGGUAUCAGUGUGGGUGAUCGUAAUGGAAGCCUAGAAACAAAUGAGUCUAGUUCACCUGAAGUGAACCAUGAAACUCGGCCCUCGCCAUCAAACUCGGCACUCUUUGACUUCAAUGACUUCUUUAAAGUUAACAGCAGUCUUCUUAUGGAUGAGCAGACUGUUGAGCCAGAUGUAAAUGUCCAAGGCAGUCGAUUCCAACAGUGGUUCCAACAGCAACAGCAACAGCAACUUGUGCAUGGCCACAGCAAGGACAAUAGUCGCAGGUCAUCAAUCAAUGAGGAGUUCAAUUAUUUGAAUGACAUUAUUGACGGAUCGCGGAGCCCCGUGAUCCCCUCGCCCCCACCAGCCCCGGCCCAUAUAUAUGACGGGAAGCCAGGCAACUUCUACCAGCAGUAUGCCAUGACCAUGGAAGAGAAACAAGCACACUUGGAAGCAAUGAAUCAGAGGAAGAACAGUCCCAAUAACCCUCUUCUCAAUGCCCUCUUCAUGAACAGUGGACACAUGGACAAAUCUAACACUCCUGUGAACAGUGGUAACUUCAGCACCCAGGAUGCUGAAGCUCAGCUGAAGGCUAUGUUGUUCCGAGGCCGUGAUUCCAACUCCUCCAGUGGAACUGCCAGUCCAGCUGUUAUGGGUGGAGCUUCGCGGAAAGUGAAGACAUUGGCAGAACUUGAGGCAGACUUCCAUCAAGGCAGUCCCACACAUCACAUGAGCCCAAUACAACACCAGAACCACCAACAGCAUCAACAUCAGCAGCAGCAGCCGCCGCAACCCCACCAACAUCAGCAACAUCCACAGCAGCAUCUACAGCAACAUCACCCGCAACACCCUCAGCAGCACCCACAGCAGCACCCUCCGCAACAUGUACAGCAACACCCACAGCAACAUCCACAACAGGUACAGCAACACCCACAGCAUCAUCCACAACAAGUACAGCAACACCCACAACAUGUACAGCAACACCCACAACACAUACAACAACACCCACAACACGUACAGCAACAUCACCCUCAACACACCCCUCAGCAUACCCCUCAACAACACCCUCAGCAUGACCAUCACCAUCACCAGCAUCAACACCAGCAUCAGUCACCACAGGAGACAAAGACUGGUGAUGACGGGGAUUUGACAGCUUUCAACAAACUCCUGAGUAUGAUGCAGGCAGGAGCUGCAGCCGCAGUUGGACAGCAUCUACUGCAGCAGCAACAGCAGCAGCAACAGGCGCCACCACCACCGCCACAGGAACCACCCAAACAUGUUCAGAUGGGUGGUCAAAUGAUGAUGACCCCUGACGGACGUUCAAUGUCCCCACUUCAACAACAGCUUCACAAUCUCCAGCUGCAUAAUAACAAUAAUGACUUCCUGCAGGUGAGGAGAGCAGCGGCUUUGAUGAGGAACAAAGAGCAACAGCUACACAUCCAACAACAAACUCUCCAGCAAAUGCAACGUCAGCCCCCACCCCAGCCACCCCCCACCCACACUCAACCCCAGCAACCCCCCCAACCCAUGAUCCCUCCCCCUCAACCCCAGACACCACGGGCUAUUACUCAAGACCCUAUACUUAACUUCAUUCAACAGAAUCCCACCAUCAUCACCAAGCCACCUUCCCCCUCCCCGACUAUCCCCACCCUCAUGACUAACCCCUCCACCCCACGUGUAGUCUCGCCUGCCCCACAGUCCCUACCCCCCAACCUGCUGCCCAAACAGGUGCAAACACCACAGCAGAUUUCAGGAGCAAAGAUUCCGUCACCCAUCAUGUUUAGUCAACAGCCACCAAUGCACCUGAGUGCUCCUUCGCCAAUCCACCCCGCACAACUCGCCCGAUCUCUCGCUAGUCAUCCUCUCACAGCCAAUACUCUAACUACGGCCUCUGCCAACAUUCGCCCCCAGAGUGUUGCUCGUGUACCAAGCCCCCAGGAGCUGAUAGCUCACACCCAGGCCAUCAUGCAGUCGGCUCUCAUCAAGAAACAGUUGGAGGAUCAGAAAGAGCGAUUCCUUAAGAAACAGCAGGAGAGAGCCCGUUCUCCCAACCAGAACAGAGCCAAUCCUUCUCCCAUGCCAACUACACCUACAGCUGCGAACCAGGGCAAAUCCACCAUGUCUGCAGCAUUCACCCCGACAUCUGUCAUCAGGAAGAUGCACUCUGACCGAGCCAGUGAGAAGGAAAAGAACACAAAAGACAUUGACCAUGAUGACCUUGAUGGGAAUCCACCAGAUGGCGCUAAUGACUCGCACUCAUCUGACAAAUACCACUCUGAGAAGCGCGCAAGACAAGAUGCAGAGGAUAUUGCUUCUCUGCCAGGCAUCGACUUUAACGCUGAACCCAACCAGCCCAUCACCAGUCUGGAAGAAAAGCUGAAGUUGGCUGGCAUCAGUGGUCAGUCUGGCAACAAGUCAACCCCCAUCCUGGGUCAGGGUGACAAGUCAUCGCGCCCCGUGGUGGGCCAGGGCAUGAUGCAGGGCGGUGUUCCCAUACAAGUGCAGACUGUGGCCAGCUCUACACCAGUACCAGGAAGGCCCAUUGUCAAAGGAACAGUUUUACCCCAGACACCUGCCAGUACACCCAGUCAGUUCCGCCCCCUCACUGGAGGCCCCGGGGCUGCAUCCACGCCUGUUCGACCCGCUGACGGUGGCCAGAGGGCGAUUGUCGGAUCCUCGAACCUGGCUGCUCUGGACAUGGCCAAGGUGCUGGAGCAGCAACAGCGAAUACAGCAACAGCAAUCAGCAGCAGCAGCUGCAGCAGCACGCCAGGUUGUGAACACCCCGCUAGCUGGGCGCCCAGUUGGUGUCGGCUCAAAUGCUCCCUUCGGUAUCCCCAUCACAGGACGUAUGCCAGUACAGUCAAACGUGGCCCCACCCAACGUACAUGCAGCCGGGGCAGCCAAUGCGCUGCUCAUGCAGCAGAUGAUGCAGCAAAGUACAGCGGCUGCUGCUAGAGGCCUGAACCUAGGCCCACUUAGCCAGAUCAACCAGCUGAAUCAGCUCGCAGCAAUCCAGCAGGCCCAGCAGCGGAUGGUGGACCCCCGCCUCCAGGGCGUGCGCUACCCCGGCAUGGUGCCCCAGAUGAUGAACCCACGCAGCACCGCUGGAACCAACAUGGGCCUGGGGGUGACUGGCAACCCUGCCAUCAACACUGUCCUCGGCAGAGCCCUUUCCCCACAGAUCCUACCUGGAGGGGGGCAGAAACUGAGUGUGAACGGCCCGCUAUCUCCUAACCUGUCAUGUACUAGUCCUGCCCAGUUCAUCAACAGUCAAGCGGCUCUCAAUGGCAACAACAAAAUAACCAUAACAUCCACACCGCCCGACCCCAACAUCCUCAAGUGGUUCAGCUCGGACGUCCUGAAGAAUCACAUGCCGACCAUGCCCCCUCUCCCAACACAAGGACAGAAAGUCCUGACGUUGGAUGACCUGGAGGGAACUUAGCUCACCAGUCCUGUGUUGACGUUGCUUUGUUAUCUUCCAUGUGGGUGUGGCUUGGUCCAAGCCAGCUGUGGCUGUUCAAGGAAGCACCUGUAAAUUGUUUUGUCGUUUGGUUUGUCAUUUGUAAAAAAAAAAUGUGCUAUGACUCUUCGGUUAUUGAAAAUGGUCUUAUUUAUUAUUAUGUUUAGUGAUGAGCAUCACAUGUAAAUAGAUACGAUGUACUUUCAGUUGGUUUCUUCAGUUCAAGUUUUCUGCUGGUGUGCUGAUGGUGUUUUGUUUCCUGUGAGGACAAGAGGCAGGUUUUUGUGAAUGUGAGGUAUAGUUAUAUAUGGAUAAUAAAGUAUGAGUUUUGCCACAAGUUACUUUGGUCACAUCAUUGUCAUCAUAUGUGAAAUGUUCAUCUGGUUACUCUCAUUUUUCUCAUUGCUCUUUGUUCCAUGUUAAUUUAAGUUUCAGUGUUAGAAUUUUGCUACCCAAUGUAUGUGUGCAUGUUUGUGCCAGGAGAGAUUUGUCCUGGAUUGCGGUUUGAAAGGGUAUAUGGAAUGUUUUUUCCCAGUUUCAAUGUUUAACAUCUUUAUUGUCUAUUGUGAAUGUGUAUGAAUUUCUCUGUGUAAAUAUAUAUACAUAUGUAAAUCUGUUUUGUGUAGCGCCGACCAUGUCAGCGUUCAUGUUCAGAGUCCUUAACCUUUUUGUGUCCUUGACCAUGUUGUGUUUGAUGUAGGUGUUUGUGUGAUCUAUGUGCCCUGGUUACGUGGUAUAUUUUGUUUGUAUUGAAACUUGGUGCCCUAUAGUUUUGUGGUAAUUUCAGUCAUGCGAAUGUUUUUGACAUAUUCACUUCCUUUUCUGUUUAGUAUUUAUCGUCAGAUCAUUUACAUCAGUGUGCUAUUGUUACGUGUCAUUGUAGCCCGUUAGUUCAUUCCAACUCUUUGUUUUACACAAACACAGCUUCUUUUCUUGUAUAUUGUGCAAACAUGAGAAUUCAAUCUGCUUCAUUCUGCCCUAGUGCUGUUGAGUCUGUACAUAUCUGUAACACUGCCAUGUGAAUACACGCUUCUCUUACCUAGGCAUAGUGCUGGCUGGUUGUAGUGUGUGGGUGACAUUCAUUAGCAAGUCUAGACAGGACCGUGGUGAGUGACUGACUGAUUGCUGUAUACUGAGUGAUAUGGAGAGAGAACGAGAGAGUGGACAUAUAUUUUUGUAUAAAUGAUGGUAAGGGUGGAUUUGUUUGGAAGCUCCUUGAGAGCAGUUGUACCUAUUUUCAGAGAAAUUUAUUUGGCUGGAGAGGAGAGGUCAGUGCUCCCAGUGCUUGGACCUUCUGCAAGUAGAUUCUGCAUCGGCAAAAAUGAGCUGACUUGGCCAAAGAAACAGGUGUAUAUUAUGUGCUUAAGUAUUGUGAGAACAGUUUUGGGCAUACCGUAGAAGUUUACAUGUUUAUCUUCAACCUGCACCAGUCUUGUGUUAAGUGAUCACACACCUUUGUGAAUAGAACUUGAUCUUAUCUAUUGUGUCCGUGUAUAUACUUCCUUCUCGCCAACUGCUAGAACAGGUCCUGAUGGAGUGUUCCUCUUGAAUAGGAGCAACUGUAUUCCAAAGAUUACUUACGGCAUGUCCACCUGACUUGGUAGUGCUGAGGUGUCGAGGAUGGACACGCCUCGUUUGGAGAUCACAUGACCGGAUCAAAUUAACAAUGAAUGCUACAUAAAAUGAGUCCUUUUGUUCUUGGCAUAUCAAUCAUUUCUUCUCAUAAAAUGUUCUUCGUCUUCAAAUCAUAUCGUAUGUUGUGAACAAUUUUUGCUCCUCGUACCUUUUUUUCCGUAAAUGCAGCAUUCAAUGUUAUUUCUUUGUCAUGACAUUGUUACAAUUAAUGUUCCACAACUGCACCGCCUAUAGUAGGUUGUUGUGCCAUGUGGGUUAGAAUAAACUAUUACUUCAUUUCCUGGCCAUACCACAGCAUUUUGCGCCUACAGUUGUCCAGUUGUAGUUACUGGUAGCAUCUGCUCCAUCUGUUUACUGUUACUUUCUUUAACAACUAGCUUUUGGAAAACAGAAUUGCCUGACACUCUUUCAUAGACAUUGGUAAUGUUACUUGGAGACUGUUUUCUAUGACAUCUUUCUUAAAACAUAGAAUAUUUAUUGAAUUGUGUUACUAUUAAGAUGUUCUUUUUUCAUCCUUAGAUUCUGAAUACUAUAUUUUAAAAUUGUAUUCUUGACACUGUUGGAAGUUAAGAGAUAUUUGGUUCAUGUACACUUCUCUUUCCCGGUGAAUAUUGAAUUGAUGUUAUUUUUUAAGUUAAGUCAUUUCUUUCACUUGAAGGGGAUCAUUUUAACAGUCAACUCCACACCUUUUCAUGAAAAUUGAUCUCUAAGGUGAAAUGUAUUGCUGCUGUUGAACUGUUGGCAAGUCACAUACUUCAUAGUAUGUGAGUAUAUUUUCAAGCUGUCCAUGCAUAUCAUCAACUCCUUUUUCAAAAUCCAUAACGCCCAUCCAGCUGAUCAAAUUGGGACAAAUGUACAGAUGGUUUGUGAUUCCUGCUAUUUAAUCUGCCAGAGACAGGUUUCUGUUUUCCAAAAGUCUUCAUCAGUAUUACCUGUUUUGUGGGACACCUAUAUACGUAGAAGUUGGCGUGCCUGCAGUAGCUGAUGCUGCAACUGUAGGCGUGUGGCCAUUGUUGUCAAUGUUCUAGCCGUCACUUGAACUGAGUGUUCCCAAAGAUAAUUCCACAGUGCUCAUGCUUGGCUGGUAAUCUUUUUCAAAAUAUGUGGCCCUUUCAAAUAUAACUUUCUGCAAGCUUGGAUACAAGGUACUAACAGAGGGUUAAAUUUGAAGGUGUACAUGUUCCCACCUACCUCGUGAUUUGUAAAUUUCCUGUAGAUUUCUUGAAGGUUAUCUAGAAUUAUAUUUUCUUUUCUUUCUGUUGUCUUGUAAUGAUUCCAUUACAGUUUCUCUACCAGUCUCUGCCUGAGCACUAUGGCGAGGAAUUUAAAACAAGCACUUAAAUAUUCUCUUUAACAUGCAAUUUCCACACACGUUGUGUUAGUUGAGCUAACAUGGACAUUUUGACAUGUAUUAGGAUCUGUGGAUAUUAAAAUGAGCAACUGUUACUCCAAUGUGAAGAGUUUAUUUACGUGCUUGCUCCGUCGUUUCUUUUCUCACUGUACAUGAUAUUGUUACUGUCCUUGAGAAAAAAAAUUGAGAAUGUAAUGUUUGGAGGAGCCUUACUCUGUAAAGAGUUUGGCUUCGACAAAAAAAACAAAAAGAUAAAUAAAAAUGAUGAAAUAAUAA